UUUGUGUGUGUGUGUGCGCGCUCCCAAAUGUGCGAGUGGCGGGAAACUUGCGAGGAUGUUUUGCGAGAAAGCGGCCGACCUGAUUCGAGAACUGCGUCGAAGCAACGACGGACAACUUCCGGCCUUUAACGAGGACGGCGUCCGGCAGGUGCUGCAGGAGACGGAAGCUCUCUACGAACACAACCAGGCUGACGUCCACGAGACCAAAAGCGGCCGCACGGCAGAUUUGCUUCCGAGCAUCCGAUUACGUCACUGCUGCCUGCUGAGGAACCGUCGCUGCGUCACCGCCUACUUGUACGACCGGCUGCUGCGGAUCCGAGCGCUGCGCUGGGAAUACGGCAGCGUCCUUCCGGCGAACGUGCGCUUCCACAUGAGCGCCGAGGAGGUGAGCGCCCCCGACGAGAUUCGCCGCCCGGCCUCAGCUGACCCGCCCGCCCGCUCGCUUGUUUGUGCGCAGCUGCGGUGGUUCGGACGCUACAAAAAGUCGCUGGCGUGCUUCAUGCGUUCUGUGGGCGGAGGCGGCGGACUGGACGUGACCCAGGACACGAAAGCGCCGAAAAGUCUUUACAUCCAGGUGAGGUGCGUGAAGGACCACGGCCAGCUGGAGCUGGACGACGGCACGCUCGUCCUCCUCAAGAAAAACACUCAGCACUUCCUGCCGCGCUGCAAAUGCGAGCAUCUGAUCCGUCAAGGCGUCUUGGAGCACGUCGUCUGCUGAGGCCGGCGUCAUCCCUUUGCGAGACCCGACCCGAAGCGAAAAUAAAGGUGCCGGUUCUUCUGCAAUGUCACCGUUCUCGCUUCCUGCUCAUUAAAGUCAAGACGUGGCCCGCCCACA